UCGACAGAGCACCGGCGAGCAGCCAGCACGUCUCUCUCCUGCGCCCCGCUCUCUUCGGCUGCCGUUCUCGCGUCCGACGAAUCGCGUGUACGCCCGAGCGAGCGUCGGCGCGCGCGCGACGCCAGUGAAUUGCCGUUCGGUUGCGUGAUUCGAGCGCAGACCCGGGCUCAAGAUGGUCCGAGGAUUGUCGCAGUGGACGAAGACGCUGAGCUUCCCGGCGAGGAUGUCGCCGCAGCGCCAAGCCAAGGAGGCCAAGGCCUUCCACGCGAGCCCGAGCGUCAGUCCCACCUCGGCGCCCAGUCCCGUCAGCAGCGAGAACCUACUCGACAAGGCGCUCAUCAUCGCCGACCACGAGACUUUCCAAGACCUGGAGGCGGAGAAGGCUAUAAUGAGCUCGAUCGUCUACUGCAUCCACCACAAGGACGGCUGCAAAUGGUCGGACGAGCUCCGCAAGCUCAAGGCGCACUUGGGCAGCUGCAAGCACGACGGCGUGGCGUGCAGCAACAAGUGCGGCGCGCUGGUGCCGCGGCUGCUGAUGGAGGACCACCUCAAGUACAGCUGCGCCCAGCGCCGCGUGCGCUGCGAGUUCUGCGCGCAGGAGUUCGCCGGCUACAACUUCGAGAAGCACCUGGGCAACUGCGGUUUCGAGCCGCUCUACUGCGAGAACAAGUGCGGCAUGAAGGUGCAGCGUCUGCAGCUCAGCCAGCACAAGGCCGGCGAGUGCGCCAAGCGACUGGUGGCCUGCCGCUACUGCCAGAAGGAGUUCGUGUUCGACACGCUGUCGGCGCACCACGCCAAGUGCGGCCGCUUCCCGGUGGCCUGCCCGCGGCGCUGCGAGACGGCGGUGCUGCCGCGCGAGGACCUGGAGGCCCACCUCAAGGAGCACUGCAGCAGCCAGCUGCUGGCCUGCAGCUUCAAGGAGGCCGGCUGCCGCUUCAAGGGCAACCGCUGCUCCGUCGAGCAGCACGUCGAGCAGGAGGCCAAGAGCCACUUGGGUCUGGUCUGCGGCCUGCUGGCCAAGCAGCAGCACCAGAUCGCCAGCCUGAAGCAGGCCCUGGCCAAGCUCUCGCUCAACUACUCGGGCACACUCGUCUGGAAGGUGAGCGACUUCGCGGCCAAGCUCGCCGAGGCCAGGGCCAAGGAGGGCGUCGAGCUCGUCAGCCCGCCCUUCUACACCAGCCAGUACGGCUACAAGCUGCAGGCCUCGCUCUUCCUCAACGGCAACGGCACCGGCGAGGGCAGCCACGUCUCCAUCUACAUCAAAAUCCUGCCCGGCGAGUACGACGCGCUGCUGCGCUGGCCCUUCUCGCACAGCGUCUCGUUCACGCUGCUCGAUCAGGCGCCCGUCGCCGACAAGGCCUGCAACAUCGUCGAGAGCUUCAUCCCCGACCCCACCUGGAAAAACUUCCAGCGGCCCAGCCGCGAGCCCGACUCGCUCGGCUUUGGCUUCCCGCGUUUCGUCUCCCACGAGAUGAUCAGGAAACGCCACUUCCUCAAGGACGACACCAUGUUCAUCAGGGUCAAGAUCGACCCCAGCAAGAUCGUGGCGGUCUGAGCUCGCUGCCACCUGUCCUUUCCCUUCCAGUCGCACGGCUCGGCUCGCGAUUCCCCCCCCCCCCCCCCCCCUAGACCCACCAAUCUAUGCUCUCGUGCGAUUUCCUGCAGUCAGUCAAUUCUUUUCAAUUUUUCAGCCCCGUUAGAAAAGUUGUUCAAGAAUGUCGAGUAUAUCAAAGAUUAUCGUGUAGUUUAUCAGACAGCCUUGCCAGUACUUAUCGUUACAUGUAGUAUUGCAAAAGGUUUUUCCAAGCACUCCGUUCUGCGCGGAGUGCCAAUGUAGCGCUAAGGUUUUUCACUAUUGUCACUACACCAACUCAAUACUCCAAUAUUCAUCUCAAGCGUUUAUUGUCCUUGUAAUACUGGCAUUUUCUACUAGCGGAAUGUGCCUGCUCUCUGACCAUCCACCUAAUAUUGCGCGCUUUCAUACUCCCGUGUGUUGUUCUUUCAACAUUUAUAUCGUUUCAACGGGUUUUCUUUGAUCGACAUCACGGCGUCUCCGAGUCUUAUACUGUAAUAUAUUCUGUAAAUAGUGUUGCAAUGACGUAGCUACCGAAAACUAUUAGAGGUUUAAGUAGUCUUGUAAGUGUACAUAUGUAUUUGUAUUAUCGAAUUUUAGAUGCAGAAAAUGUGAUUGAAAUGCUAGUGAAUGCAUCUUAUAUAUCGUCAUUAUUAAUGCGAAAUCAAAGAGAAAUAUAAUAAAUUACAUCUUAA